AUGUCUCAAGCAAUCUUGAACAACGUGGAGAAGCUACCAGCAGAUGCUCUUUUUGACAUCAAGCAAAGAUUUUCAAAGGAUCCCAGAGAAGUUAAAGUUGACUUAGGUAUUGGUGCGUACAGAGACGAAAAUGGUAAACCAUGGGUUCUGCCAAGUGUACGCUCUGCUGAAAAAUUAGUGCAAGAGGAUCCAAGUUAUAAUCAUGAAUAUUUGGGUAUUAACGGUCUACCUACAUUGACUUCCAACGCUGCUAAAAUCAUUUUGGGUGAAGAUUCACCUGCAUUGGCAGAAGAUCGUGUAAUUUCUGUACAAUCGUUAUCCGGUACUGGUGCUCUACAUAUUGCAGCUAAGUUCAUUUCCAAAUUUCUACCAAACAGGACAUUGUACUUAUCGAAUCCUACUUGGGCUAACCACCAUGCCAUUUUCCAAACUCAAGGUGUGAAGACUGCUAUUUAUUCCUAUUGGGAUAGCAAGACUAAAUCUCUUGACUUAGAAGGUUACUUACAAAGCAUCAAGAAUGCUCCUAAUGGAUCCAUAUUCGUUUUACAUGCUUGCGCUCAUAACCCAACAGGAUUAGACCCAAAUCAAGAACAAUGGAAUCAAAUCUUAGAUGCCAUUGCCGCCAAGGAUCACAUUGCUAUUUUCGACAGCGCUUAUCAAGGUUUUGCAUCUGGUGAUUUGAAUCGUGAUGCAUUCGCCGUUAGAUUGGGUAUCCAAAAAUUGUCGAAAGUUUGCCCUAUCUUUAUCUGUCAAUCUUUUGCCAAAAACAUAGGUCUUUACGGUGAGAGAGUUGGUUGCUUCCAUUUAGUUCUACCACAACAGAAUGAUGCUAGCGCAAACUUAGUUUCCAUCAAGACCGCCGUCUCUUCACAAUUGUCCAAAAUGAUCAGAAGUGAAGUUUCCAACUCUCCUGCUUAUGGUGCUAAGGUUGCUGCCAAGAUUUUGAGCACUCCUCAUUUGACCGAACAAUGGCACAAGGAUAUGAUUACGAUGUCUUCCAGAAUUAACAAGAUGAGAGCCUCUCUAAGAGACAAAUUAGUAUCUUUGAAAACACCAGGUACUUGGGACCACAUCGUAGGACAAUGUGGUAUGUUCUCAUAUACAGGACUUUCGCCAGAUAUGGUUGAAAGACUAGAAUCCCAACAUGCUGUAUACCUAGUUUCGUCAGGUAGAAUUUCCAUCGCUGGAUUAAACGAUGGAAACGUCGAUCACGUCGCCAAAGCCAUCGACGAAGUCGUUCGUAACCAAGCAGCUUCAUCCAAAUUUUAA